ACGGGCGACUACUCAGUAUCCUUGAAAGCUCCAGGAAGAAACAAACAUUUCCGUGUACACGUCGAGGGAGCUCUAUAUUGCAUCGGACAACGAAAAUUCCACACGCUCGAUCAACUCGUGGAUCAUUACCAAAGGGCACCGAUCUACACCAACAAGCAAGGUGAAAAACUUUAUCUGGUACGUCCCCUUCCGAAAACCAAAUAACGGAUAAAUCUACCAUUGAAAGAACUGUUUAGGAUUAAAAAAGUACUAUUUGUGUGAGUGUUUUGUUCUUGAAUUUUUUGAUGAAUCAAUAUUAUUAUUAUUCAUUGGCAAACAUGUAUAUCUGGUCAUGUUAUAUAUUUUUUGUUUAUUUUGUAUAUAUGUUUUCGUCUAAGUUAUUGAAUUUUUAGCAGUAAUUCCUACAAAAGCACAAAGUUAUUUUCGUUCAUGCAGGAUGGUCCCGUUACUGUUUUUACAUUUUGUAAAAAUAUUUUCAUAGAGCCGGAAUCGAAAGCGCGGUACACUUUAUGUUUUUGUGACUAGUCAAAAGCUUGUAUUUAUUAGUUCAGUCGAAAGGUAAUGUUGGAUAAAAGGACCACCCUAACGCAAAACAAAUAGAUGGAAGUGAUUCAAUGGAUGAAGCUUUAUGUAACUCAUGAAUACUCAAUAUUAUUAUUAUUAUAGGAACUGAUGUCACGUAAUUAUAUUUUUUUUUAUCCUAUUGAUAAAGUUUGAAAUAUCUUCUCGGUUUUCUAACACAGUACACAAUAAGUAAAGAAAUAGAAUUCUCA